AUGGCCGUGGAAAAGAAAAUCAUUAAGGAUGGUGACGGUGUGAACAAGCCAAAAAAAGGGGACACAGUCACAAUGCACUAUACUGGCACUCUUCCCAUCGGAACCAAACUCGCCGAUGGAACCACCUGUGAAGAGCCAAAAAAAUUCGAUUCUUCUGUUGACCGUGGGGAGCCCUUCGUUACCAAGAUUGGUGUUGGGAAGGUUAUCAGAGGCUGGGACGAGGGAGUUCCCACGAUGUCGUUGGGAGAGAAGGCGAAAUUAACUAUUACUGGUGACUACGCCUAUGGAGAGCGCGGUUUCCCCAACUUGAUCCCCCGAAUGCUACUUUGGUCUUUGAUGUUGAGCUCCUUGCUAUUAACGAUAAGAAGUGCGACGAUAAACCGACUGACGGCAAACCGAACGCUUGAUUCCAAUUACUUUCUCUAA